AUUUCAGUACCAAAAGCGGUAACCCCGAGCUACACUCGGGCUUACCCUGUGGCACUGCUCCGGCAUGUGUUCUUCACUUACCUUACCCUGCGCUCCCACGAUGUGUCCCCUGCAGCGUCCCCGGCCAUCUCCUCCGGCCGAUGCCGGCAUCCGGCUUCUGUGUCCUGUCCCUGUGACGUCGGGACGUACGGGCGCCGCCGCCGGGGCGGGAAAUGUAAAAAUUUUAAAAAAUGUCAUUUUUUUUUUUUUUACAUUUUUUACAUAUGCUUUGUCCUGUGCCCUGCCUGCAUUUUGUCUGUUCUUUCUG